AUGGGGUGGCUGUUCUCCGAAGAUAGUAUUUCGUUGACAUGGGACCUGCCUGAGUGUCGGUUGUGCGAGGCAAGUGGGGGCAGGUGCGGACCCAAAGGUUCGACGGACUCCGAUUUUGGAUGCAUCCACAAACAUGGGCUUUCAAAACAGGGCAAGUAUUGGAUAAUUCGCGGCAUCUCAAUUUCUGUCAUUGUUUGUUUGUUUGUGUUCGGAUGUCACCACCGAUCAUGUGCUCGAGCUGCUACGUCUCUUGCUCCAGUCGCUAUGCAUCGUGGUGAAAGACAUGUACAGAACAACAACAACAACAACAACAAUGUAUAUCCGUCUCCAUCGGACACUCUAAGAGGAGCUCAACAUGACGAUGAUGACCGUGUCAUGGGACUCGAUUGGCUCACAAUAGAGUCUUAUCCAAAGGUUCAAGUCGACGAUGAAGGACGUGUACCUAGGCCUAACGACAAUUUUUGUGUGAUUUGCUUGUCUGAGUACCAACCCAAGGACAUGCUUAGGGCUAUCCCCGAGUGCGCGCAUUACUUCCAUGCACACUGCAUAGACCAAUGGCUCAAGCGAAACGCUUCUUGCCCACUGUGUCGCGAUCACCAAGGGUAA